AUGGGUCAGUCCGUAUCAAGAAAUGACUUUAUGUGGACCUAUACGGAACAACCACAUCUAAAUAGAAGAGAGGCAAUAAUAAAAGCUCAUCCAGAGAUCAAAGAGGUCGAACUGCUUAGUGUUGUUAACACUGCUUAUUUGCAGCUUUUCGGCAUCGAUGAGUCAUUCAAAUAUGUUGUUACAGCAAUGGUGUUUUUCCAAGUAUUCAUGUGUUGGUUACUACAAGAUUCGGAUUGGCUGCUGAUAUUCCUAGAGGCAUAUCUAUGUGGAGGAGUGAUAAAUCAUGCCAUGACAUUGGCUAUUCACGAUAUUUCACAUAACACCGUAUUUGGAAACAGUUAUCCACUCUCAAAUCGCUUUUUUGGGAUGUUUGCCAACCUGCCGAUAGGAGUGCCAAUCUCUGUUUCUUUCAAGAAGUAUCAUGUGGAGCACCAUCGAUAUUUAGGUAGGUUAUGUUUCAUGGGUUUUGAAUGUUUAUGCGAUGACUAUCAUAAAGGCUAA